AUGAGCGCGGUCAACAUUGAUCGCAUGUGCUCGUUUCUGCUUCGUGCCAAGUCACAAGCAAAUUUCAAGCAGAUCAAGUAUUGGUCGGUUGAUUUCUUCCACGCCCACGGACAUAGCGCGAAGAGACCCGAGCCGCAGCUGAAGCGGCAGAUCGCCAACAUCGCCGACAAGUACUCCUCGGCAAGCUUGGCGGAAGAUCUGGAGGAAGAGUUCAAAAGACAAACGGUCGGACUUGUCUCGGCGGCAGACUUCAAAGCCAAGCGGCAAGCCAUCGAUGACAUGAUCCGUGAGACACAGCAGGCUGAGAAGGAGAAGAAGAACCUGAGGGUCAAGCGGACGGUCAAGGCCGCGCAGCUCUCCUUUGAGGCCGACGAUAUCGCCGGAAGCGAUGAUGAAGAGGAGCAGGAAGCCUCCGAGAGCGACGACGAGAUCAAGAUUCGGAAGAAGAGGUUCGGGAAAAAUCCUACUGCCAAGACGGACUUCCUGUACGAUGCAGACAGAGAGGCCGAGCUCCUGAGGAAAAAGAAAGAGCUCAUUGUCCAGUACAAGAAGGAGCAAGAAGAGAUCAAGAAGACGAAGCUGGAAGUGACAUACUCCUACUGGGAUGGCUCCGGCCAUCGCCGGAACUGUGUCAUCGAGCGUGGCUUCACAAUCGGAAACUUCCUGCAGAAGGCGAAGGCAGAGCUGGAAAAGAGUGACUUCCCAGAGCUUCGCACAGUGGGCUCUGACACCCUCAUGUACGUCAAAGAGGACCUGAUCAUCCCGCACAACGUAACCUUCUAUGAGCUGAUCAAGGAGAAGGCUCGAGGCAAAUCUGGCCCGCUCUUCCACUUCGACGUGCACGACGACAUUCGCAUGUCCAACGACUCUCGAAUAGAGAAGGACGAGAGUCAUGCUGGCAAGAUCGUGGACCGCAAGUGGUACGAGCGAAACAAGCACGUCUUUCCUGCCUCCCGCUGGGAGAUCUACAACAAGGACAAGACCUACGAGAAGUACACCGUUCAUGGAAACGAGGACCAUUCGACGCAGCUGAACUCCUCGGGUGGAGUCUUCAAGUGA